AUGAUAGGUGAACUGAACGUUGAUAACCAUCACUUAGCCGAAUUAGAAUCCGCCGUCACUACCUUGCCUUCACCAGUACCACCUCCUGCAACAUCCGCUAGCUCAUCUAUGCAAAAUCGCUCUAUCGUUAACAGCCAAUUAACUGUGUACUAUCAGAAUGCAGGUGGUAUGCGUACAAAAACCAAUCAAUUUCUGCUCGCGCUUUCUUCAUGUGAAUACGACAUUGUCAUGAUCACAGAAACUUGGUUGAAGGACGACAUAGCAAACUCUGAAUUAGCCUUAAACUACAGCAUCUACCGCAAUGAUAGAAAUUCAAACACAAGUCAACUAAACCGAGGCGGUGGCGUAUUGAUUGCAGUUAGGCAUGGCAUCGAGGCAGUCUCUAUAGCAGUACCUGGAUGUGAUCAUCUAGAGCAAAUCGUUGUUCGAAUCAAAGAUCAAUGCCGUUUCGUCUACUUGUGCUGUGUUUACUUUAGACCUAAUAGUGAAACUGCUCAAUAUUCGUCCCAUAUGUCAGCAAUUGAUCAACUAACGAAUACCGCAACUUGUCGAGAUGUUAUCGUCGUAGCUGGAGAUUAUAACCUACCGAACUUAAACUGGAGUUUUGACGAGGAUACUGAUAGUUUUCUGCCAGUAAACGCCUCAACCGAACAGGAACUGGCUGUAAUUGAGUGCACUAUUGCAUCUGGUUUAUCUCAGAUGUGUUCGCUCGUAAAUGGCAAUGGCAGAAUCCUCGACCUCAUAUUUUUAAAUAGACCAGAUCUUGCAGAAGUUGUAAACCCGCCACACGCCAUUUUAAACACCGAUCGACAUCAUCAUUCCUCAAUUUUAUUGAUUGACAAUACUUAUGAAGAGAUUAUCGACACAGUUCGUCCCGAUACUUGCAGCUUAGAUUUUCGGCUCUGUGAUACCGAUCGUGUGAUAGAUUCGCUAGCCGAAAAAAAUUGGCACUCAGCGUUUGCCAAUCUGGAUAUCGAUAGUGCACUUUCCACCUUUUAUGACCAACUUUGGGGUAUACUGCGUGAGAACACCCCUCCUAGACGACCAAACCGACAUAAACCGUUCAAGCUCCCUUGGUGGAACUCUGAACUACGAAGAAGCCGUAAUUCAGUUCGCAAAGCCCGGAAACGUUACUUCAAGGAGAAAUCCGAUCAAAACAAAUCGAUCUUAUCUCGUUUAGAAGUUGAGUACUCAGCCCUGCGAAAUACUGCCUUUAAACGAUACAUAUCAAACAUCGAACGCAACGUUAAACAAGAUCCAUCUAGCUUUUGGAAGUUCAUGAACAGUCGCCGCCUUAAAAAUACGGUUCCAUCUUCUGUAUCGUUUCAUGGGUGCACCUCGAGCAGUAUAUGA